AUGAAAGAAGCAAACUAUGGAACAAAGACAGCGUCGGGAAAUCCCAGAAUAUACAUUUGCAAGAAGUGUGAUAGAGCAUUCACUCGAGAAGAGCACUUAACAAGACACACGCUUUCUACUCACAACAAGCUCAAGCCAUUCACAUGUGGCAUAUGCUCGAGGCCCUUCUCCAGAAGGGAUUUGUUAUUAAGGCAUGCUAAAAAUUUACAUCAGGGAUCCGAAAUGGCAGUCAGUAGGAUUAGAAAACUGAACAAGCGCCAUAGCGAUACCAUGCCUCUGGAUAAAGAUAUAAAUGACGGUUCCACGUCUCUUUCCUUGCCUAGAAAGGACUCUGACAGUUCUAGUAGUAACGACGAUCAGUCCGUUUCAUCCAUCGACAGCGAUUAUGACGAUGAUAAAAAAAGAAUAAAAAUCUCUGUAGAUAUGUUAGUUAGUUAA